UGCAGCUGCCUUUCGGCCUCUCUACACUGCUCUGCUUGGUGACCCAGAAGCGAUGGUGACAGCAGCAAAGAAGAGCUGCAGGGUAUCCUGGGUGUGAGCUCUGGGCAGCUGCAGCAAGAAGGGCCCGGUAGCAGUGAGGGGGAGGGACCACUUUUCCCCUGUGCCAAGUAGCAGCUUCUACGUGGCUGCUGCCACUGCCACUGCUGCUCAGCGUGGGCAGAUGGCUAGGAGGCAUGGAAAUAUGUACACUCUGUGGCUGGGACAAACACCUGUAAUUGUGCUGAACGGAUUCCAAGCAGUGAAGGAUGCCUUGAUCAGCCACUCAGAAGACUUUGUAGACCGACCCAUCACACCCUUCUUUAGGGAUGUGACAGGCGGCCCUCAAGGCAUCAUUUUUGCUAAUGGCCACACCUGGAAACAGCAGAGACGGUUCAGCCUGAUGACAUUACGGAACCUAGGAUUAGGGAAGAAAACCCUAGAAGAAUGGGUUCAGGGACAAGCUCAACUCCUGGUACAGACCUUUGCCAGAGAGCAAGGGAGACCAAUGGACCCUUCAGUCUCCAUCCUUUCUUCCAUCAACAACGUGAUUGCUGCUGUGCUUUUUGGGCACUGCUUCUCCUCGGAGGAUGACAGCUUCCAGCAACUCUUCAAGGGAUCCCAGGCCAUGGCAGAAUUCCAAGGCACCAUCUGGCCUCGACUUUAUGAUGCUUUCCCAUCAUUGAUGAAGCAUCUAAGUCCCGUGUUCAUGAGAUCACUGCUGGCACUAACCCACCUGCAGGAUCUACGUAGACUUAUAAAGGAUGAGAUCAGGUCUCACCAGAACAGCUGGGUGCCUGAAAAGCCACAGGACUUCAUUGACUCAUAUCUCUCUCAGAUGUGGAAAACCAAGGAUAACCCCACAUCUACAUUUAAAGAGACCAACAUGAUCCAAGUGAUUACUGACCUCUUCAUAGCAGGUUCAGACACCACCACAAUCUCUUUAUUGUGGUCUAUCCUCUACAUGAUGGCACACCCAGAAAUACAAGAACGAGUCCAAGAAGAACUGGACAUUCUUAUUGGCUCAUCUCGUGAAAUUCGAUAUGAGGACCGAAUGAUCCUACCCUACACAAAUGCAGUUUUACAUGAAGUUCUGCGGUAUAGCAGCAUAAGUGCAAUAGGGGUUAUACGAAAGUGUGCCAAGGACACAACUGUGCAGGGCUUUCCAGUUAGUAAGGGCACUUUAAUUUAUCCCAACUUAUUUUCUGUUCUCUAUGAUCCUGACCAUUGGGAGACCCCUCAAGAGUUCAACCCAAGUCACUUCCUGGACAAAGAUGGAAACUUUUUGAACAAAGAAGCCUUUUUGCCAUUUUCAGCAGGACACCGUGUCUGUCUGGGAGAACAGCUGGCAAAAACAAGUCUCUUUAUCAUGUUCUCCAGUCUGCUGAGAGCAUUCACCUUUCGGCUGCCGGAAGGAGUGAAGGAAAUCAACAAGAAGCCUAUCGUAGGGUUCAUUCUGCAGCCCCAACCCUAUAAAAUGUGUGCUGUUCCUCGUUAAGUUUCUGUCUUCCCAGACACCUGCUGGGAAGUGGUUUUCGGAUUCUCGAACGGCAUCCUUGGCAUUUGGAAACCACUGCUUUGCAAACCCUUUGUCUCUUAACACAUUACAGUUGUUGUCUGACCAACAAUCCUUGUGCCGAGUCCCUAAAAUUCCUUUCAGCGAGCUAACAAACCAUGUCUGCUUGUCACACGGAUCUCAACAUCAAGCCAAAGAGCCACCCCGUCCCUGCGGUGCACGGCACAGCUGCUCGGCUGGAGGUUGGCAUGAGCUGGUCCAGAACUACUAUUUCCCUAGUAGAGAGAAAACGAAUACAAGCAACCGGGGGCAAAUCCGAGGGGUGGGGAUGGCCUGCAUUGGUGCAGACCAAUAUGGCUAUCAACAUGGGCAACUGGUACCUCCAGCCGGGGGUGGUUCCUCCAGUUGCCGAUCGCCGAGCCAGCGGCGAAACCGGAAGUGCGCUUCCAAUUUGCGGCUGGUGCUUCCAGGGGGCACGCGGCCAAUCCCAGGGGGUGCAUGUGCGCCCGCGUGCACCCCUACGCAUCGCCAAUGGCUACCAAAUACACCCCUGGUAGUGCCUGCAGCAUUUCUAACCCGGCAGCGACAGAGUCCAUAUCAUUUAUGGCUCCUUAUAAUCUAGACGAUCCCUUUUAAACCCUGCCUUCCAGAGGCAAUAAUAACCCCGUCUUUGACGUUCCACCAAUCAAACGGUCCUUCCUUCUCCCAAUGCCACGGCCUGUUUGCCACUCCUGGUAGCCAAGCUCCUCUUUCACGGCCCUACACCUCGCUUCUAACUCGGUCCAAUGAAGCCGUAGGUGUUUUUGGCUGCGAUCGUCGCCUGCGUGGUGCAGCCUGGCGUAUCAGUCAAAGCUUCCGGCUGCGUGUUGUUUUCAGACGGGAUGAGGCACCUCGCUCUCCACAGCCCCCUUUUCAAAAUCUUCCGUCCACCCAGGCGAGCAGUUGUUAGCCAUGGCUGGUUUUCAUUCCCAGGCCCGUGGGCAAACAGGCAAGCUGCAGCGCCUCACAACUAAGGCAGGGACCUACUCCCUCAGAGCACGAACACGGAGCCACGAGCACCCACACGACCGUUGGGGCCACCCCGUUUUGGCGGGAAGGCUGCGGCGCCCUCCAACGGCCGCUCGCGACGUCACACGCAGCCCCCC